UCACGUUCUUUUCAUCACCUAAUUUAACCACUCUUCCAUUUUUUUCACCAUGGGAAAUUGUAGCUCCUCCGAUUCAACUCGUGUCGCAACCGCGAAACUCAUUUUACAAGACGGACGGUUACAAGAAUUCACUUCACCAGUCAAAGUUUCUUACCUUCUUCAACAAUAUCCUUCUUCUUUCAUCUGCAACGCAGAUGAAAUGGAUUUCGACGACGUCGUCACCGCCGUCGACGAAAACCAAACUUUACAACCAGGACAGCUUUACUUCGCACUUCCUUUGAGCUGGUUACGGCAACCUUUACAAGCUCAAGAAAUGGCUGCAUUGGCUGUGAAAGCGAGUUCUGCGUUGAUGAAGAGCGGUGAUAAAUGCGGUUGUCGCCGGAAACAGAUUCUGUUCUCCGUUGAGUCUGACUCAAAAAGAGUUUCUCCGGCUACCGGUGGGACUGUGCAGAGAUCAAGAAGAGGAAGAAGUGCUAGAGGUGGUAGUGCUGGUGUUGAGAAGUUUACGGCGUUGUUGAGUUCUAUACCGGAGUAGGGGUAGUUUCGGAAAAAAUGGUUCAUGGUGAUUUUUUUUUCUUGUAGAUAUUUUUUUUUUCUUGAAAAGAAAUUUUUUGAUGUAGAUUUAGAUUCUUUUGAUUGGAGUUGGACCAAGUCGUAAUUGGAAUUUGGAUAUUCCGUUAAACUGUCUCUUUAUUAAA